AUGUCGCAUUCUCCUAACUCGGAGUAUAUCUCCCAUACUCCAAUGACUACCGCUCUACAGAGCGCAGAGUCCAUUCGUCAAUCCGAUCCCGAAUCAAAAUCCCUCAAAUUGAACAAAGAGAUGGAAGUCACCGGGAAAGACUCGUCCAGUGCGCGACGCACACCCUCGGUCGAUAGCGGGUCAAUGGAAUCCACAUACGAUCAUACCCAUCGCAAGCUCAAACCCCGCCAUGUCCAGUUGAUCGGAAUUGGCGGCACAAUCGGCACAGCUCUUUAUGUUCAGAUCGGAUCUGGUCUGCGCACCAGUGGCCCCGGUAGUUUGUUUAUUGGAUUUAGUCUUUGCCCUACGACUGCCCAUGCAUCUGCCAAAGCCAACCAGUCGGACACCCAGGAACCCAACCCAGUCCAUCAUGCCCCUGCCUGCCCUCCUGCGUAUAUCUCAUUGAAGGUUCGCAAUCUCAUACUGUUUUCUAGGAGUUGUGUGAUUUUGAUCAUUACCGUUUGUUUGGCGGAAAUGGUCACAUACCUGCCUAUCUCUUCCCCGUUCAUUCGAUUCGCUGGCCGCUAUGUCGAUGAGGCUCUAGGUGUUGCCGCCGGAUACAACUUCUUCAUCUUCGAGGCCGCGCUGGUACCGUUCGAAAUCGUCGCCGUUAGCUUAAUUAUUCGAUACUGGACCGAUGUGAUCCCAGUCGCAGCCAUGAACGUGAUUGUUCUGGUGCUCUAUGCAGUCCUCAAUCUCUUUGCUGUGAAAUGGUACGGUGAAGCAGAGUUCUGGCUCUCGCUGGGCAAGGUCUUCCUCAGCAUAGGCCUGAUCAUAUACACUUUCGUCGUCAUGCUGGGCGGUAACCCGCUCGGCGACAGAUUCGGCUUCCGGUACUGGAAUAACCCAGGUUCCUUCAAUGAGUUCUACCUGGAAGGCGAUACAGGAAAAUUCCUUGGUGUCCUUGCAGCCGUUAUCACCGCCAGUUUCACCAUCGCUGGUCCAGACUAUGUCUCCAUGGCCGCCGGUGAGACCAUGAACCCGCGCAAGGUGCUCCCCAAGGCCUUCAACGGCGUCUUCUACCGUCUCACGGCAUUCUUCGUCCUGGGCGUUCUCUGCGUCGGCAUUUUGGUUCCAUACAAUGACGAGACUAUGGGCGCUGCUUUUGAUAAUGGUGCACCCGGUGCUGCUGCUUCACCCUACGUUAUCUCCAUGGACCGUUUGAAGAUCCCCGUCCUGCCAGACAUCGUCAAUGCUGUCGUUCUCACUGCUUCCUUCAGUGCUGGUAACAGUUACAUGUACUGUGCUAGCCGCAGUCUCUACGGUCUCGCCCUCGAGGGCAAAGCCCCGAAAUUCUUCACCAAGUGCACCAAGAACGGAGUCCCCGUUUAUUGUGUCAUCUUGGUUCUCGUUUUUGCUCUGCUGAGCUUCCUCCAAGUUUCUAACAGCGCAGCUGUUGUUUUGAACUGGUUUGUCAAUCUGGUCACCGCCUCGCAAUUGAUCAAUUUCUCCGUCGUUACUUUCACCUUCAUUCGGUUCAAGAAAGCAGUGGAGGCUCAGGGCAUUGAUAGGAGAACCUUGCCCUACCGCAGUUGGUUCCAGCCGUACAUCGCCUAUUUCGCAUGCGCUUGUACCACAGUCAUGGCUUUUGUCGGUGGCUACACCGUCUUCCUCCCCGGCCGCUGGUCCGUCCCGACAUUCCUCUUCUCGUACACCAUGAUCGGCGUAUUCCCUGUUCUUUACUUUGGAUGGAAAUUCAUCCACAAGACCAAAUUCCUCAAACCUGAAGAGGUCGAUUUGACCACCGGUGUUCCUGAGAUUGAAGAAUAUACUAGAGACUUUAUAGAGAUUCCCCCCAAGUGA